CCUGUCAGUUUGUCAUUUUUCAUUGUUUUUGUGAACAUAAGUUGAAAUGGAUCUAAUGUAUUUACACAAUUAGAAAUCAAGAAAAAUGGGUAACGCUGACACAAAAUUGAACUUUAGGAAAGCUGUCGUUCAGCUUACGUCAAAAACACAGCCUAUUGACUCUGGGGACGAUAGUUUUUGGGAUCAAUUCUGGUCAGAGAGUGUGACUAAUGUCCAGGAUGUGUUCGCACUGGUGCCUGGUGCAGAGAUCCGUGCAUUACGAGAAGAAUCUCCCAACAAUCUCGCGACACUAGUUUAUAAGGCUGUAGAGAAACUGGUGAAGAUGGUGGACAGCAGCUGCAGGACGCAGAGGGAACAGCAGACAGCAUUAAACUGCGCUCGUCUCCUGACAAGAGUGUUACCAUACAUGUUGGAGGAACCGGAGUGGCAUGGUUUCUUCUGGUCAUCAUUACCGGCGGCCGCUGAGAAUGAGUCAGUGCCAUUAGCCCAGUCACUUAUCAACGCUGUCUGUGAUCUACUGUUUUGUCCGGACUUCACAGUCGCCACCACGAAGCGGGCAGGUCCCGAGCGUGCAGAAGAAUUAUCAUCCCUAGACAGUUGUGAGUACAUAUGGGCGGGCGGCGUUGGGUUCGCGCGGUCGCCGGCGCGGGUGGCGGCGCACGAGGCGGCGCGCACCGAGCUACUGCGGCUCAUGCUCACCUGCUUCAGCGAGACCAUCUACAAGCCUGCCUCACACGCCGCCUCGCAUCAUAACAAAUGGAUCGCCUACCUGACGAGCCCGGACAACCGCCACGCGUUGCCUCUAUUCACGUCGCUGGUGAACACGGUGUGUUCCUACGACCCGGUGGGACUCGGCCUGCCGUACAACCAUCUACUCUUCGCCGACACGCUCGAGCCGCUCGUUGAAGUAGCUCUUCAAGUGCUGAUAGUGACUCUGGACCAUGACACGAGCAACGCAGUCAAUGAGGAGUCGGACGAGACGCUCCCAGACAACUUAUUCAUCAAUUACUUAUCCCGCAUCCACCGCGAUGAAGACUUCCAGUUCAUCCUGCGAGGUGUGACGAGGCUUCUGAACAACCCAUUAGCACAGACAUAUCUACCCAACUCCGCGAAGAAGGUCAACUUACACCAGGAACUGUUGGUGCUGUUCUGGAAGAUGUGCGACUAUAAUAAGAAAUUCAUGUACUACGUGCUGAAGAGCAGUGACGUGCUGGAAGUAUUGGUGCCCAUACUGUACCAUCUCAACGACUCACGCGCAGACCAAUCUCGCGUGGGCCUGAUGCACAUCGGCGUGUUCAUCCUGCUACUCCUGUCGGGCGAGCGCAACCUGGGCGUGCGACUGAACAAGCCGUACACGGCGACGGUGCCGAUGGACAUCCCGGUGUUCACGGGCUCCCACGCCGACCUGCUGGUCGUCGUCUUCCACAAGAUCAUCACCACUGGACACCAGAGGCUGCAGCCACUCUUUGAUUGCUUGCUUACUAUACUUGUUAAUGUAUCUCCAUACCUGAAGACGCUGUCAAUGGUAGCGUCCACAAAGUUGCUACAUCUACUGGAAGCGUUCAGUACUCCGUGGUUCCUGUUCUCUCAGCCUCACCACCAUCACCUCGUGUUCUUCCUGCUGGAGAUGUUCAAUAAUAUGAUACAGUACCAGUUUGAUGGUAACUCGAACCUGGUGUACACAAUAAUCCGCAAGCGCGGCGUGUUCCACAACCUCGCCAACCUACCGCACGAACACUCCGCCAUCGCGCGCUCGCUCGCCGCCGGACGCGCCAGGGGACCGCUGCACAAGGCACUGCCCAGGUCUCGCAGCGCUGAGUCUGUGGCCGAGACCCCGAUGGAAGGGUCCCGACCCGCCCAGCCAGCGGAGCCCGGCACGCUCAAUCCUACACUCGCUGAGACACCCGCAAUCAGCACAAUGACAGAGCGUGAGUCAGCUCACCCGCCGCCGCAGCGUCUAGAAGUUGACGCGAUGGAGUCGUCCGACGCGACCGUCAUCUCCGACACCACCGACGCGGCCGUCACUCCACUCGACGGGGACGCCAGGGAGCCCCGGGACAGGCUGCUGCCGCACCGGGCCGGACCUGAUGGACAGGACAGACCUGAUGAUGCUGAUGUUGAUGAGGAUGGGGACAAACGGACUGUGGCACAUAGAAACAGCCUACAAGUGGGCAGUGGAGGUCGUCCCCCCCAGGAGGGAGGGUCGUGGCGUCCGUCAGCGGAGUGGGUAUCAUCCUGGCGCGGCAAGUUGCCGCUGCAGACCAUCAUGAGACUGUUGCAAGUGCUCGUGCCACAGGUCGAGAAGAUCUGCAUUGACAAGGGUCUGACAGACGAGUCAGAGAUCCUCCGGUUCCUACAGCACGGUACCCUGGUGGGUCUCCUACCAGUGCCGCACCCCAUCCUCAUUCGCAAGUAUCAGGCCAACGCAGGCACUGCUGCAUGGUUCCGGACGUAUCUGUGGGGUGUCAUCUAUAUACGUAACGUGGACCCGCCGAUAUGGUACGACACAGACGUGAAGCUCUUCGAGAUACAGCGUGUGUAAUCAAAUCACUGACUUUACUGACUUAGCUAACUUA